AAUGGGUCCCACAAAUGUCCACCAAUAAUUGAUAAUUCUCCUAAUCCCCUCUGUACUCCUGCUGGCAACACUUGCCUCUAAGCUUCUCUUCCUCCUUCAUCUUCUUAUUCUCCUUCACCAUCAUAAAAAUUUUCACUUUUUUUUUUUUUUCACUAAAAAAUACCCACUUUUCUCAAAACCCCAUAAUCUUUUUUUCCCCUUCCUAUGCUCUAACACAACACACACAAACACAAAAAAAAAAAAAAAAAAAAAAUUGGUAAUACCAAGAUGGUUCUUUUUCAUCAUCAUAAUCUUGAAAAACAAAAUUCGUUAAUGUUAUUUACAUUUGUGUUGUGUUGUUUAUGUUUUGUUAUAUCAGGAGAUUCAUCUAUAUAUGAAGUACUUAAAUCACAUGGUUUACCAAUGGGAUUAUUACCAAAGGGGGUGAGGAAUUUUACAUUAGAUAAUUCUGGGAAAUUUGUGGUUCAUUUGGAUCAACCAUGUAAUUCAAAAUUUGAGAAAAAAGAAAAUGAGUUGCAUUAUGAAAGGAAUGUUUCAGGGACAUUGAGUUAUGGACAAAUUGAUUUGAUAUCUGGGAUUUCAGCUAAAGAUUUGUUUUUGUGGUUUGAAGUUAAGAAAAUAUAUGUGUCAUCGUCAAGUUCUGGAGUGAUUUAUUUUGACGUUGGAGUUGUUUCUAAGCAGUUUUCAUUGUCAUCAUUUGAUAGUCCUAAGGAUUGUACUACUGUCUCUAUGGUGGUUAGAACAACAGAUCUUGAAGAUGUUGAUGAGGAGGAUGACAGACAUGUUGUUGAGGUUGUUGUCUCUAAGAAUCUAUCCCGGAAGAUUCGUUACAAGCUUGAUCAGGGAAUAUAGGCAAUGCUGUUUUGUAGAAUAUUGCAAGUCGAAAAUUUGGUUUACAAAGUUUGCACAUAGCUCAAUCAAGUCUUUGGAUGUCUAUCAUUCCUUGUAUGUAAAUGUCUGCGGCGGGGAGUUUUUAGUACUUGGUGAAACAAAUUGUGCUAUACUGGUUUGCAUUUUCUUGGAAUUCAGAGUCGUCAUCGCGAAUUCAGAAUCUAGAGUCAGUGAAGUCGGAAUCGAAUUGGAAUCAAGAAAGGAAGUAAGCAAGCAAGAGAGUGAUGCCAAAUUGCCAAAGGCAUCUUUACAGUACUUUGGAGGCCUUGGGGGGUAUAGGGAACAAGUUCAUCUACUCAAAAGCCAAAAUGUGAAAUUUCUCAGAUAAGGUUUGUUUCUUUUUUGUUGGAUUAUUCAUUUAUGGACAUAGUCAUCAUAAAUUAUUCCCUUUUUUUUUGUAGUUGGAGACAUAGAACAAUGAAAUAAUGAAAUAAAUUUGCCCUUUUCUUUCUUGUA